AUGCAGACGCCAGACCAGAUCGACGGCGAGCAAUCUUCGCCGGUUCAACCGGCCGAUCAAGAAAUACUCACCAAGAGAGAUUACAUCAACUUCCUUUCUCACCCCUCUCUUACCAAGAUUUUGCAAAAACAAGGGGACCAGGAAGUUCUAUUUGCUGAUAAAGUUUUGAAGUUUACUAGUUCAGGGAAGAUGAAAAGCCGCAUUCUUUUGAUUACAGAUUUUGCCAUUUACAUUGUUGACCCGGAGAUUGAUUCUCUUAAACGGAGGAUAGCACUUGCAGCUGUUGAUAAGAUCUGUAUAAGUAAACUAAAUGAUAACUUUUUGGCUGUUAUAAUUCCGACUGAGUAUGAUUUACUAGUUGCGAGUGCUCGAAAGAUUGAAAUUGUUAUUGCUUUUAAUGAAGCUACUAGGAAAGCAUCUGAUUAUGAACUUGAGGUGGUUUCUUCCAAUAGGUUUGAGUAUAAUGCAGCAUCUGACUUGGUCAAGGAAAUUGAAUUUGAGGAAGUUGAAGGGGGUGUCAAAACAAGAAUUAUGAGGAAGUGA